AUGCAGCGCUGUGGUUUGUUCAGAGACACUCUAACCAACAGAGGAAGACACAAUGGACACAACUCGCUGCUGGAACGACCUGUUGUGCACCACGGCCAGCUCCCGGCUCCGCGGACACGCGUGCGUUUGUACGUGCGCGCUCUCUCUCUCAGCAGGCUGGGAGAGGCCAUCUCCCGCUUUCACCUUCCCUCAUCUACGCUCUCGCCCCUCCUCUUGCUCCUCACAUCCGCAGAGCUCUGA